AUGGAUAAAAUAGACUUAUAUGAUAUGAGAAAGAAGCUUCAUGCAUAUAAAAAGAUUGGAAAAAAACAAGUCAUUAGUAUUCUUAAUCAAUUAGAGGAUUAAAAGAUAGAUUAAAAGUAUUCUUACUGAUUUAAUUAGGGCUCUUGCUGAGUCUAAGAUUCAUAAAACUGUAAAGAAACUUACUUAAAUAGAAAUAAUAGGAGAUUCAGUUUUCAGUGAACAAGAUCUCAAGCAAAUUUAAGAAAAAGCUACAGAAACAUUAUAAAAAUUGAAGAAAAAUUAAAAAUCUACACCACAAGAAAAAGUAACUCUGAUCUCUGUAACAACAGACAGAAAAUAAUCUAUAGAUGUUCCAAAUCAAAAUCAAAUUAAUCAAAAUCAAUUUAUGAAUUAAUUGGGACUACCUUAAGAUCUUGAUCAAAUAAGAUCGAAAGUUUUAUAGAAUAUUAUUCAGAGAUUUACUAAUGAAACUACUCCCUAAUAAGAAGUCAUAACAUUUUGUAAGAAAUUAGAAAAUGAAGUAUUUCAUAUAAGUUUAUUUCAGAUUAGAAUGAAGUUUAAAGAUAAAGGAAGCCAAUAUUAAACAGCCAUAAAAGAAAUUUUGAAAUACUUAUAAAAUGAUAAAGAUGGAAGUGUUCGUAAUAGAUUAUUAACAGGAUUAAUUGAUAUACCUACAGCAGCUUAAUUGAGAUCAGAGGAUUGGACGAGUGCAACAGUAUUUUAUAUAUAUAUUAAAUUUUUUAUAGAGAUUGUCUAUUGCUGGAGGAGUUGGUAGAGAAAUAUUAUCAGCUAAUGAUAUGAAUCAUAAUAAAUAUAUAGCUUAAGUAAUAAAUAAGGAUGUAGCAUUGGCUUUAUGUAAUAAUUGUGGAUAAAAAUAAAUGAAAUUAGUCAAUGAAAUAUAAACAAGAGCAAGUGAUGAACCCUCUACUAAAUUUUAUGAAUGUUUAAAUUGUGGAAUUGGAGAAACUACUAAUGGUUGA